GAUUCAGAAUCGUAAUCGUAAAUUGAAGAAUUUCAAUGUUUAUUUAUUUUCGUCAAAAUAGCUGCCGAGAUCAAGAUACUGUUAUUUGUUGUGACAUUGUAUGAUUAUAAUACUACGUAAGAUGAAAUUACCGGUUUACUGCAUGAUAUGUCUGUUCUAAUUUUUUGAACAAUUAAUUAUGCACGGUUCGUGAUUUGAAUGGAUAUUCAAGGAACUUGCUACACAAUGGCUAACCAAAUUUUAAAAUCCAUUUGGGAAUCCUUGACCUCUAAUACUUCAAACAUGUUCCGACAUGCUGAAGACUCCUAUCGUAAAAAUUCAACCAUGGCCAGCCUUAUUAAUCAAGUUCUUUUUUUCAUGUUAUGUGAUUGCUGGUUUUGCCCAGAAGACAGACUGACUGGUCUGUAUUGUUUAUUAUUUUACAAUGUCACUGGUUACAUGAUUACUUAUGCUGAAAAACUAUUGAACUUACAUGAUUAUUCACCUAUAAUUAGAGUUUCAGAACAUUCUAAUAUUAGACAUCUAGCCAUGACAGCUACAAAAGUAGUUCUUGAUCUCGCAAAAGUUGUGACUUUUGCUAUUACUGGUGUAUUUUUAUUACUCGUUUUUGGUCUCGAACAGGGCCUAGAGCAUUUUAACCCCACUUGGUGCUAUAUUUUUAUUACAGCUGUGUAUUAUAUAACAACAGAACCCAGUUGCCAGAAAAAGUGUUCAUUGCUACUUUCAAAAUUACAACUUGAUUGCUUUGAGAAUUUAGAAGAACUAUGGUAUCCAGUGCUGGUACAUGUAUUUUCAUCCCUAGCUUCAGUUCUAAUGGUCACAAUUGUAUGGUUUGGUACUGAAGGAGGCUGGCUUCUUAUAUUUUCAUCUGGUUAUAUUAAUGUCUACUUGUGCCUUAAAAAUAUGGGUGAUCAUUGGAAUGUUUUGUUGAGAGAAAAAUCAGUUUUAGAUAAAUAUCGUUAUGCUACCAAAGAGGAAUUAAAUGAAAAAGAUGAUGUCUGUGCUGUAUGCUUACAGUCAAUGAAAAGAGCUAGAGUAACUCCUUGUCAGCACAUGUUUCAUAGUGAAUGUUUGCGAAUAUGCUUGAAACAACAAAUACACUCUGUUUGCCCAAUGUGUAAGCAAGAUUUGUAACAUAACCUAGCAGUGAUGAUACUAUUUUGCUUACAUAUAGCUUAUAAUUAAAUCUAGGAAAUUUGACACUAAAUAACAUUUUUAAAUUGAUAAAAAAUUAUAUUUGAUAUGAAAAAUAAUUACGCUGACUUUUUGGCAAUUGACUGUUGCUGAUUUAUAUGCAGCUGUGAUUUUCUGAUAGUAUAUAAAAUGCUUUGUUUUUACUACCAUUAGAUUAUUUUGCAUUUUCUUAAAAGUUUUUCUAAUGCAAUUGAUUCUAUUAAAAUAAACUUUUAAAAAGAAAAUUGUAGAUUUUAAGCUGCUAUUUUUAUUUUGAAGUAUAUGUAUAUAUAUUCAAUUAAUUGAAUAUGUAUAACUUGUUAUGACAAAUCUAUUAUUAUAAGGUGCUACAAUUUAUUUAGUUGGAUUGCCUUUUUUUCUAUCAAAUGAUAAUUUCAUAGAUUAAUAGAAAAUUCAGAAAAUAUACAAUAAAUUUAAAUUGAAUGGAAGUUAUAUGUGAUGAUUGUAAUCUUUAUAAUUAUCAUUCUUGUCUUGUUAAGAUCAUAAUUAUUAACACAGUUAGAAACUUAAAGAAGACAAUUUUAUUCUAUCAACAUAAAAUUCCUUUUAAAAUCAAUAAAAAUAUCCUUAAAUUGUAUAUUUUCUGCUUAUUGUGAUUUAGAUUUAUUUCAAAAGUUCUAUUCAAAAUGCUUUGUUUAAAGGACACAGAUGUGGAUAUAGAAGGAAUAUGUUUGAAUUAUCUGCUUAGCUUAUAGCAGGGUUUCUUCUCUUGUGACCCAAUACAAGGAUAUGUGAUACAAUUUUCAGGUUGUGAAAAUUUUCAAAACUUCAUUAUUAAUUAGUGAAAAAAAAGUGACAUUUUAUUACUAAAUAAUGUAUUAACUAAAUGAGAAUUCUUGCAUUUGAUUUUUUUGAUUUUUCAGAUUUUUUUUAGUGAUUAAAAUUAAAAGUAUGAAUAUUUUUUUAUGAUAAAAAUGUUUGUGGGUUUAAAAUAUUUUGCAAAAUAUGAUUGAAGGUUUGUAUUCAAAUUUAGACAUUCUAAUUUUUAGAAAUACAUUUUACUGGCUCGAAUAUCUGAAAAUAUUAUUCUUUACAUAAUCUUUUGGAAGUGUAUGCUUAUCGCUUGGAAUGUAAUAUUUGGCUAUGAUACAUUAAGUGGGGAAAAAAGGAUUUUCUUCAAAAAACAUUUGAUUACUUCCUAGUAAGCCAGUUGUUACCAAGAAAUACUGGAAUUAAAUUUCUCUUUGAGUAGUGUAUCGGUCACAAAAAUAUGCCAAUGCAGCAAUCUUGUAUUUUACUAUUUGGUAAAACACUACUAUUAAUUUUCAACAGAAGAUUAUUUUAUUUAUAGGUCAUUAUUACUGCUGUGUAGGUACAUAAAACUGAAUUAAAAAUGUUCACUAGGAAUGUUUUAAAAAGUCCUGUUGUGCCGGUAAAUUUUAUAAUAUAUACAUCAUAAUAACUUUUUUGGUGCAUUUUCAGUGAUAAGACAAUGACACAAGGUAUUUAUUCAGGUUAAUGUAUAAUAAUAGGCUUUGUAAUUUUAAGGGAAUAUUUUUUAUUAUUUAUUGAUUAGCGAAUAUGUAUUUUUGUAUUAAUAUUUGUAAAAUGAUUAGGCAGUAAUAGAGUGAUUUCUGUUUAAAUUUUAAUUUCCAAAAAAUAUUUCCUGCCACUAUUAUCGUACUUAAUUUUCCAAGAUCACAUUAUUUUUGACUAAUAUUUUUAUAAAUAAACAGUAGAUAUUUGUGCAAAUUUAGAGAUUUUUACAAAAUGGAAGUUUUUUUAUUACCUUGUAUUAUGCUUAUAAGCAAAUCAAUGCGUAUUGUAUUUUUAAUAGUAAUUAGAAAUGCAUUUAACAUAAUAACAUCUGCAAUUGAAAUAUAUUGAUUUGCUUACAUUAUAUUUGACUGAUUCUGCUACUUUUAAUUAUCAAUGAAAAAUGAUAUCAGUGAUUUUUUUUUUCACAUUCACUGUAGCAUUUGCUUAUGACUGUAUUAAAAUUUAAUCAAAAAAGAAAUAUAUAAUUUGCACUAAUAUUAAUUGAAAUUUCUUUAAUGUUCUAGUUAUAAAUGAUCUAUUUGAAGAUUUUUCUCUGGAAAAUGACAUAUAAAAUAAUUUAAUGAUUACAAUAAAUAUAACAUGCACUAAACAGAUUUAUCCAGAUGAGGAUGAAAACCAUUUUCUUUAACAACUUUGAUACAUCAGUAUGAUUUAUCCUAUUCAGUUCUUUCAGUAAAUGAAACUGAUAAACAGUAUUGCAUAUGCUUCCAAUUCAGUAAUUUAAGAAAAUAUUCCUUAAAUAACUGGAAAUUUUUGUAAGUGAAUUUCUUUUAAACAUGUAUGCAAGUUGCAUAUUACAAAUAGCAUACAUUUUUAUAUGAUGGGCUAGUAGAUAGCUCAUUAGAAAAGAUGAAUUAUUUAACUGGAAAAGAGCAAUCAUAUUUCAGUUCUUAUUUUCUUCAUAAUAAAUAAUUCACACUCUUUUAUUAUCAAAGUAUAAAACUAUUAACUUUUAGUUUGAAUUUUAUUCUAUUUUGACAUUUUAAUAAUAUGAAAUUUUAAUUGUUCUAGUCAUUAUUAGAUGUACAGAAAAUUGUAAUUUUACCUUUGUUGUAAUUUUUUUAAUGUUUGAAGAAUUUCAAAUGAUUUAUUUUUCUGUGUGUUAUAUAAGAAUAGAGUAGCUAUAUUAUCUGUUACUGAAACUUGUGUUAAUAUGGUGUGCUAAAUGUUAUAUUUGUUGAUAUGAAGCAAGUUUGUUGUUUCUAGUCAUUACUGUUUUUCAUUGCUUUAAUUUAGCAUGCAUUUAUGUAUGAUCAACAUAAACAGUUUGUAUUAUCAAAUAACUUUCCCAAGUUUAAAUAAAUUUGC